CCAGGGCUGGAAAACUCCUCCUCACAGAUGCUGACAUUCUCCAGCUGCUGGGUGAGAGGCUGAACUUCUGCCUCCUGAAGUACUCUCAGUACCUGAGAGUCUGGAUUGAUUCCCCACGCCUUCCUCGGAGCUUCGACCUCUGUCUAAAACCAACUUCUCCAACAACAAUGAUUUCCGCUCAUUUCUUCAGUCACUGUGCGCCACCUUCAAGGAGUUUAAGAUGCAUGAACAAAUUGAGAAUGAGUACAUUAUUGGUCUGUUGCAACAGCGCUGCUGCACUGUGUACAAUGUGCACUCUGACAACAAGCUCUCGGAGAUGCUGUCCCUCUUUGAAAAGGGGCUGCACAACGUUAAGAGUGAAUAUGAGCAGCUUAACUAUGCCCAGCAGCUGAAGGAGAGACUGGAAGCUUUCACACAGGACUUUUUGCCCCACAUGAAAGAAGAGGAAGAGGUGUUUCAGCCUAUGCUUAUGCAGUACUUCACCUACGAGGAGCUCAAGGACAUCAAGAAACAGGUGAUAGCACAACACUGCAGCCAACAGCAAUGGGACUGUGCCGCAGAGGUGCUGAAAGGAUUCCGGUUGUGGAGCCAGGCAGAGGAGCUGCAAAAAGCCUUUAAAUAUGCUGAUCAUGAGAAGACAGAUUAUGAACUGGAACAGAAUGGAAACUGUUCAACUCACAUCUCCCAGCUUCCUACAGAAAUCAUGCUGAGGCUCUUCCAUUAUUUGAGCCCUGAAGAUCUGUGUCGCUGUAGUCAAGUGUGCACCUCUUGGUCAGAGCUGGCUAAGACCGGCUCUCUUUGGAGGCACCUAUACCCUGUGCACUGGGCCAGAGGUGAUUAUUAUAAUGGCCCACCUGGGGAUCUGAACCAAGAGCCGGAUGACGAUUGGGUGAAGAGUCGGCAGAAUGAGGGCCGGGCCUACCAGGAAUGGGAUGAGGAUGCUGAUGUUGAUGAGUCUGAUGUGUCGGGCCACACAGAGGGCUCUCUGGCAAUUAACACUGCUCAACGGGAGAAGAGGCUGCUGAAUGGGAUCAUCCAGAACCUUCUGCCAGCUGUGGGUCCAUCUGUCAAGUCCGUUGUUCUGGCGUACAGUUCUACAGUCUCUAGUAAAAUGGUGCGCCAAAUCCUCAGUCUCUGCCCCAAUAUUACUCAUAUGGACCUGACUCAGACUGAUGUUACAGAUUCUGCAUUUGACAGCUGGUCAUCUCUUGGAGCAUGUCUCUCUCUGGAGCACCUGGAUCUGUCUGGGUGUGAGAAGAUUACGGAUCACACCCUGAAGAAACUGUCUGUUGGGCUGGGUGACCUUUCCUCUUCCACUUGCUUUGAAAAACGCUCAGACCGACGAGCCAAGCUUCUUAAAAGUUCCCCAAUACCCAUCACACUCAUGGAUGAGAGAAACUUACACCCAAGAGGGCGGAAGCGCCAGGCCAUCAUUUUCAAGCAAGGGACAGGCCGUUGGGGUGCUGCCGGCACCCCCACUCGAGUGUGGGUUCUGGACCCCUCAGACCUUGUUGAUAUUGAAGAUGCUGCAGAAUGGACCCGCCGCAGCGGGUUGUCUCUUCCUGAAGCAGAAAGCUUUGUAGGGACACAGCUUGUGGGAAGCUCAUGCUGUUGCAGGAGGAGUAGGAGGCGCGGGCACAGGACUGGCUCAAACGUCUCCUUUUUGCAUCAGCAGUAUGCCAUGUCUGGGGAAAUGUUUUGUGGUCACUCCACCUGCUGCACUAAUGACAUGGCCCUCAGGACUAUUAAUGGGCCUCAGUGUGAGUCAGGCACUACCAGAAGCAACACUGCAGAAUUUCGGACUAAAUGCUCCUCAUUUGGGGGGCUGCAGUGUCGGGAGCGCCAAAACAGGACUGACCAGACAGAGGCAAAACGCUCCUUGAGACUUCUCAGUCUCUCUGGAUGUUAUCAAGUCACAGAUUUGGGCUUAAGGGCUCUUUCUCAGCGUGGAGGACUUCCUGCCCUGGAGCAUCUCAACUUGUCUGGCUGCCUGUUCAUCACUGAGGUGGGGCUGCAGGAGCUGGUGUCAGCCUGUCCUUCCCUCAAUGAUGAGCACUUCUAUUACUGCGACAACAUCAACGGUAACAUUCACAUGUGGAAACACAAGGGGCUCCUAUUUUCUCUGAAACACAGAAUUAUACAUACUCACACUCUUGUCUAGCUGAGCAUUUGGCAAACAGUAUUAUGUAUAACUUGUCACGGUGAAUGUAAAUGAUUUGUGAGCAAACAUGUUGCAAUAAGUGGCAACUGUAACAAACAUUACUAACCACCCACAUAGCAUGUGUCCUAGUGUAAGUAACCGAUGCUGCUGAGGUGGAAGGUAAGUAGGCAUUAUAGUAGCCAGUGUGAUACCUUUACUGUCUACUGAUUUAUUUAAAGGUAGUUUCUAAUAAUGACAUUAUCUAAUGUAUCAUAAUUCUUUUUUUAAAUUGUUUAGUUUGUGGAUUUGCACUUUCCUGUUGCAUGCAGUUCAACAGAUGACCACUGUGUGGUGGUGUUUCU